AUGGCUGAAAAAGAAUCUCUUGGGAUUUCCUGGCAAAACAGUGCUUGGAUUCCUCUUCUCAACUCUUCCAAUGUGCUUGAAUAUUUCUCAGAACGGACAAAUCCAUUUUAUGACCGAACAUGCAACAACGAAAACGUAAAAAUGCAACACUUGAGUCCCGAACAAUUAACCCAGAUGACUGGACUUGAAUAUGAGCUGCUUCAUGUUCAGGAGCCUAUUCUAUAUGUCAUUCGGAAACAACAUCGGCACUCACCAACUCAUGUAACUCCUUUAGCAGAUUAUUAUAUCAGUGCCGGUGUCGUUUACCAAGCCCCUGAUUUGGGUUCAGUUGUCAACUCAAGAAUGUUAAACACUGUUCAUAAUUUACAAUCUGCAUUUACAGAAGCACUGUCUUAUUCACGGUAUCAUCCAUCCAAAGGAUAUUGGUGGGAAUUUAAAGACAAAGAAGAAACAGAAAAAAAUAAACCAAAAGAUUCCAAAAAGAAAGAAGAACCAAGUUCUGUGUUUCAACGCCAACGAGUUGAUUUACUUUUAGGGGAACUUGUCAAGAAAUUUCCUCCUAAAUUUGCAACUCCUGCACAACCAGAACAGAAAGAAGAGAAACCUGAAGUAAAACUUGAGAAUCGUCAUGAAAAAAUUGAAGACAAGCAAAAUUCAUCAGGAGCAAAGCCUCCACCUGAGAAGAAACCAAAAAUAAGACUAUGA